GACCAGCCAGACCCGUCAGAAAGCACGAGGGGAGAGGAGUGGAGUGGAGUGGCCGGCCAGAAAGCCUGCCAGCCGGGCGAGGACGGUAGUGGUGGCUGUGCCGGCGGGAGGCGCAAAUGUUCUGCGCCCGGCCCAGCUAGUUCUAUCGGAAUAGCGAACAAUUGCCAGAGGAAUGUACGCGAGGAGAAAAAUGGGCGGGAACUCUACAUUGCUAUUGUGAGCCGCCGGUCGGGUUUGCGUCUUGCUUGCUGCCUGGAAAUGCUCAAGCAGCAUUAGCAGCACCACAGCAGACCCAGGAAUGGAAACUGCGGCUCCUGAAAUAUGCUGAAGCGCAGAUAUUUUGUACGCGGUGGGUUCGGGUGAGGGAAAGCAGCACCAAAAAGACGCGAGGAGGAGCCGGAGCUGUGCUCAUGUGACUGGUGGCUGCCGACGCUGGGGCUGCCCAGAAAGAGCCGCAGCUGCUUUCCGCAUCCAGUGGAGCUGGGUCCUGCGGGAGAGUCUGGGGGAUUGACUUCUCCGAAGGAUGAGAAGCCGCUACGCUCCAAGCAGAUGAUGGCGAUACGAGAGCUGAAAGUGUGCCUGCUUGGAGAUACUGGAGUUGGCAAAUCAAGUAUAGUUUGUCGAUUUGUUCAGGAUCAUUUUGACCACAAUAUUAGUCCUACUAUUGGUGCUUCUUUCAUGACUAAAACUGUGCCUUGUGGGAAUGAGCUUCAUAAAUUUCUGAUCUGGGAUACAGCAGGACAGGAGCGGUUUCAUUCAUUGGCGCCAAUGUACUACCGUGGAUCAGCAGCAGCAGUUAUAGUAUAUGAUAUCACUAAACAGGAUUCCUUUCAUACACUGAAGAAAUGGGUAAAAGAACUGAAAGAACAUGGUCCUGAAAACAUUGUAAUGGCCAUCGCUGGAAAUAAAUGUGAUCUUUCUGAUAUUAGGGAGGUACCUAUGAAAGAUGCCAAAGAAUAUGCAGAGUCUAUAGGCGCAAUUGUUGUUGAGACCAGUGCAAAGAAUGCAAUUAAUAUUGAAGAACUCUUUCAAGGAAUCAGUCGACAGAUUCCACCCUUGGAAACUCAUGAAAAUGGCAACAGUGGAACAAUCAAACUUGGGAAGCAGACUGCACAGACAACUAGGCGGUGCUGUUAAACCAAACUGGUUUGAUUUACUUGAAAAUAAAAUGACAUCAGUUGCUUAUUUAUUGAGCUACAGACUUCAGAAAUGCAAUGACAGCAACUUGUCUAAAAGCAAAACUUUGAGUGCUACCACUUGGUAAAAUGCAAGAAAUUGUAGGAGAAAGUUCUCCUUUAAAUGGGUUCUGCAAAAUAAAAAUGGACAGUCCACUUCAGCAGCAAACUAUCUAAGUAAUUGACUCAGAUUAUUGCAAUAAUCUGUUUAGACCAAUGGCUAUUUCAGAAAUGCCUUUUGUUUUCAAAUAGUUUGUCUUGCAAAUGUAUUUUGUAUAAAAUCCGUUUUCCACCCCAAUACAAUAUUUUAUAUUCUAAUUUGACCUUCAUGGAAUUAUAGUGUAUAACAUUUGAACUAACUGAAGGAUGUAUACUAUUUUAUAUACUCUCUUAUCAGGUUUGGCUCUUGUUUUGUUUUUAGAACAAUAAAUAGCCUUUUUAAAAGGGUAUAAAUUUUGUAAUUAACUGAACACAAAAUGAAUGAAUCUAAUGACAAAUAAUAAAACUCUAGUAUAAUUUUUAGUUUGAAGUUUUUGUUUCUUCUCUAUUUGAAGAGAGUCAGAAUCAGUAGAUUGCUUAUUACAACAUGUUUAAAUAUAUAAAGAUGACUUACAGAAAGAAAAGAGGCCUUGGCACUGAAAUCUAUAAAUGUUUGCAUUUAAUUUCCAGUGUUAUUUGUGAAAAAUGACAACAGAUAUAGCACUGGAAGACAAAAAGGAGCAGGAUAAAGUGCCAUCCAUUCCAAACACUUGAACUCACUAAAUCUCAUCCAGCAGGUGUGUCAUGCUGUCAGAUUAUGUCAGUAGUUGUGUGUUUCUCUGCUAUGUAGUUUAAUUACAGACUUUUAAAGUGGGCUUUAAUGUGCCUCUAAUUCCCUGUUCUGUCCACCUCUGUUUCAAUGACUGGACUACAGGAUGAUAAGAGAACAGUACACCCAGUUCUUUUCACAUAUGUCCUUUCCAUAGAAGGAUUUAUAAAGCAACUUUUGAAGGAAUCAGCCUCAGGGAUAUCUUCCUGACCCUUUGAUGCCACUGAUAUGCAGGUGGAUGCCUCUGAUAUGCGGUAUGCAAUCAUUAAUAUGGACUCAAAAAUAGCUGCUGGAUGGGAUCCAAAAAGCAACAUGGACUCUUACUCCCAUUUCCCCCGAGAUACCAACAUAUUAGUCUACAGUGCAUGAUUCUAGAACCAGACAAUCAUAUUUUAUGUAAUACAGAGAAAUCUGUGUUUCCCCAGUUGCAAUAGUGUUUUUCACAUGACACUCUCUGCCUUCUGUGUAAAUACAAACUGUAUUUAGUGACAUGUUCUUAUUUCAUCUUAAUUGUUUAAAACUAAAUAGAAGUUACAUGCCAGUGUAAUAUUUUGUGCUAAGUACCAUCAUUCUGUACUGUUUAUGCAAGGGCUCUGAAUGGGCUGGACCCAUUGGUGGUUAUGUGUGGGAUGAUACAAUCUAUUAAUAAACUGUUUCUUUUGUUCUCUAUUUUAACUGUAUGAUCACAAACAAGAUUUGUGCCUAAAACAGUUUAUUUAAUCUAUAAGAAGUAAUACUAAUAAAUAUUCUUAAUUUUG